AUGGACUUCAGCGACGACGGCUCGACGCUCAUCUCCAGGGAGUUCCUCGCCGUUGUGCUCGCAGGAGUAGGCAACGAGCUGCUUCCGCUCUCGAGCGAACAAGGCGAGGAGUCAUGUCCGAAGGCACUCCUGCCCAUCGCCAACAAACCGAUGAUUGACUACCCUCUCACCUGGCUCGAGCAAUCAGGCAUCACAGACGUCUUGCUCCUCUGUCCGGCCAGCCACCGUGGCGCAAUAUCCCAUCAUAUACACUCUGGAACGUCAGCCCCCACCUCUUAUCCGUCCCUUCGCAUCGACGUCCUUUCUUUCGACGACUCCGCGGACCUCACAGGCGGCACCUGUUCUGUCCUCAGGAACUUUUCAUCUCGCAUUCAGCGAGACUUCGUCCUGCUCCCCUGUGACUUUGUGCCGCCAGAAACCCUCCCUCUAACAGAUAUCCUCAAUAAAUUCCGUGUGGAGUCCAACCUAGACGGUUCUAUUGUCACGUCUUGCUGGUUUAAAUUUCAUCGGCCAGACAAGGGUACAAUACCAGAGGAAUGGGGUGCGCCACAACCCUCGACGCCUAUCGUCUGGGAUCGCCACUCUGGAACUCUCCUUCAUGUUGACACCCCAGACGAUGCCGACCGGAACAAUGACGAGUUGGAACUCAGAAUGGGCCUCUUGUCGAAAUUUCCACGGACCAAUCUCUCGUCGACCUACCAAGACUCUCAUGUCUACGUUUGCAAACGCGCCGUAUUGGAUGUUCUCCAAAUCAAGGACGAGUUUGAUUCGUUUAGGGAAGAGUUCAUUCCUUGGUUGUGCAAGUUGCAGUAUCAACGCACGAAGCAGGAACGGUACGGAAGAAUCUUCAAGUCACUAUCUACAAGUGGAAGCCAGGUAAUGGCCAUGCGACAUUCGACACUACAGUCGAGCUCGACUCGCGCGAAUUACGGACAUCUUCUUGGCCUGUCCCUUGAAGCCGAUUCGCCAUCCCAGAAAAUCGCAACGCUUUCGGCACCGCCCUCUCCCAGUGAGACAGAUCAAGACGACUCAAGCUCUCCAACCAGCUUUCGAAUGGGCGUCGUAAUUCACGAAAACCCAACAGGACAGUGUGGACGGGCUAAUAACCUACCCACAUUACUGGAAUUGAACCGUAAAUUUCUCGCCAAGGCGACGUACACUCUUCCUACCGAUCCAGAAAAUCGCGCGUUGGUCGAUCCAAAAUCGCAGAUAUCGCAAGACUCGAUUAUCGGGGACUCGACUCGUGUUGGGGAGCGAACCAGUGUGAAACGUACGGUUGUCGGAAAACAUUGCGUCAUAGGGAAGAUGGUGAAGAUCGUUGGAUGUAUCCUCCUAGACCACUGUGUUGUGGAAGACGGGGCGAAGUUAGAUGGUUGCAUACUCGGCAGGGGCACCAAGGUUGGCGCGAAGGCUGAACUCAAACAGUGCGUGACUCAAGCUGGAUAUGAGGUGGACGCAGGUGGUUCGUUCAAGAAUGAAAAACUAGAGGUGUCUGACUGGGCCGCUGCAUCUGAUCGGUCGAGUUCGGCGGAGACUAGCGAGGACGAGAGCGAAUCGGAAUGA